GCUGGGGAUGGUUCCCUGACCGGGAAUCGAACCCGGGUCACAGCUGUGGGAGCACUGUGUCUUAACCACUAGACCACCAGGGGACCAGUGCUAUUAAUUCAUUGAUUGAUCUAAAUGAAUCAGUGGUUGCUAGUUGAGCUUAUUGUGGUGGCUCCAUGGUUAAGGCUUUAAGGUGCAUAUGAAAUGGUUUGGUGUAAAAAUCCCAGCAUUGACUUUCUUCAAUGCAUGUGGUACCAAGAUGAGCAGAUCCAGAGAAACUGAGGCAGCGUAAACCGUUCAUGGCCCCUCUAGACCAAUUAAUGGCUGGGCUCACUGUCAGGUACCUCCAUGGGCCCUUUUUGGGGGAAGGAGAUCCUGUCCGAGUUGAAACUGCAUACCACCAUUACUUCCCCACUGCUUCCACCCUCUCUGCCCCGAAGAGAACAUUUGUAAAGAUCAUGGACUUCUCAUGGGCAUCACUCUGUCUCCUUGCGCCACUCUGGACCUGACUAAUCCACCCUGCUCCACUUUUGGACAUCACUCUGUUUUUAUAUCUCCACUGGAUGCUUCAGUGGGAUAUGGACCCCUCAGCUCUUCAGCUCUUAGCAGACGCGGAGCACAGAAUGCAGAGACUUGAAGCAUCAGAAAUGGUGCAGAUUAAUUACAUGCCCAAAGAACUGGUGACUUACUGUAAAGAGACCCAGACUACUUUUACAACAAAUCAAAUAUACAAUCAAAAAGACGAGGUGAAGAAUGAAGAACUUCCUGCGGUCAAACCUGAUCCUGAAGUGCAUUUGGUAGAGGACAAUCAGGAGUCAAUGAAAGAUAAUGAACAUCCUAAGGAGCUCACAGGGGAAGAGAGGCAGCAAAUUGUUCACUCUGAGGAUUUCCUGAUCUUCUUUGACCGCAGCAUUCGAUUGGUGGACCGAGCACUAGCUGAGGACUUGGAUAUUUUCUUUGACUAUAGUGGACGUGACAUGGAAGACAAAGAGGGAGAAACACAAGCUGGAUUCAAUCUGUCCUUCAAUCGUCAGUUUUAUAAUGAGCAGUGGUCAAAACAUCGAGUUGUCACUUGUCUGGAUUGGUCAUUGCAGCACCCAGAAUCGCUUAUGGCUUCAUACAAUGCCAACGAGCAUGCACCACAGGAGCCAGAUGGAGUUGUGCUGGUGUGGAACAUGAAGUUUAAGAAGACAAUCCCAGAAUACAUAUUCCAUUGUCAGUCCUCUGUGAUGUCAGUGGGUUUCGCACAGUUUCAUCCAAACCUCAUUGUCGGGGGCACUUACUCUGGCCAGGUAGUAUUGUGGGACAAUCGGAGCCACAGAAAAACUCCAGUACAAAGGACACCUUUAUCUGCUGCUGCUCAUACUCACCCUGUGUCCAGCAUAAAUGUGGUGGGAACCCAAAAUGCUAACAACCUGGUCACAGUGUCUACAGAUGGCAAGAUGUGCUUCUGGAGUUUAGAUAUGCUAUCCAAGCCACAGGACAGUAUGGAACUAUAUUAUAACAAGUCUAAAGUAAUUGCUGUGACUGGCAUAGGUUUUCCUGUUGGCGAAGUUAAUAACUUUGUUGUGGGAAGUACAGAAGGGACGGUGUACGCGGCCUCUCGGCAUGGCAUUAAGGCUGGAAUAAAUAAGAUGUUUAAGGGCCACCAGGGGCCAGUCACUGGCAUUAGCUGCCACAAUGCUGUGGGCCCCAUUGAUUUCUCCAACCUUUUUACAACCUCAUCCUUUGACUGGACUGUGAAACUGUGGUCAACCAAACACAAUAAACCACUCUACUCUUUUGAAGACAAUGUUGACUAUGUCUAUGACGUCAUGUGGUCUCCCAUGCACCCGGCUGUCUUUGCUACAGUGGAUGGACUGGGUCGCUUGGAUAUCUGGAACCUUAAUAAGAACACAGAAGUUCCUACGGCGAGUGUGACAGUGGAUAGCUCUUGUGCGCUGAACCGGGUCAGAUGGGCAUCAGGGGGCCAUGAAGUAGCAGCAGGCGAUUCUGAGGGUCGAGUCUGGAUCUAUGAUGUUGGAGAGCAAUUGGCAGUGCCACAUUCAGAAGACUGGAGCCAACUUGCACGAUUUCUUGUGGAGUUCUGAAUAAACGUUGAUGAUAACGGUGUCAUAGAAGUGACCAACUGAGAACAGUGAAGGACAGAUCAACUGCUAAAAAUUGAAAAUACACAUAGAUAUAUUUAUAAUAAGUAAUAAUACUGAGCUAUUAGAACCAAUGAUAGCCUAGACUGUUAGAUAAACUUUAAUGUUAUUGGUCUUCCAGAUUCAAUUUUUUAUUUAAUUUUUUUCAUGUAAAAUUCAGGUUAAUAUAACUGAAAAUAUUUAUUGAUUAAUCCAAAAAAUGUCAAUAUAUUGUGAAUUUUUUUGUUUAAAAUCCUGUUCAGAAUGUAUUAUUAAAUGCAAGCUGAGUGUAUCUAAAGUGUGAACUAAAUGUUUUCCAAAUUGAACAAAAACAUUUAAAAUAACAUUUCAAAUGGUAUCAGGAAUGCUAUUAAAGAAGGUAUUUAUAUGG